CCAAAUAUCUGAAAAUUUUCUGAAUAAUGAUUCAUUGCAAGGCGGGAAAAUUCCAGAAACUCUCUCAGUUGGUUAGACUGUAGAUUUGUAAUUGAACAGUAGAAUCGGAAGAGGAGAAUCGGUAUUCGGGUCAAGUAAUUUCUACAUGGGUUGGUCUUACCCUGAAUCAUCCAUGGCAGAUCUGAUAAAAUUGAUUGAAACUUUCAUAGAUAUGUUGAUUUUGGCUUCUGGAUAUCAAUCAAGCGGCCGCCUCGCGCACUGGGACUCCCACAACAUCAUCAAAUGUUUCCAUUGGGCGCUCUUUCUCGAGAAUGUAAGCGGCGGUUCCCGAUUUUUCGUGUCGAAGAAGCUAACAAGUUCGAUUGAUUACGAAGCCUCUGUUAAAGAGCUAGAUGCUGCUUUAUAUGAAUUAACAUGCAAUCCUCAUUUCCCUCAGGGUCUUGCUCGUUUGUCGUGCAGUACCCUUGGUCGAUCGAGGGAUCUUCUGUUGGAGCAUUUAGUUCUUACUUUACCUCUGAGGGAUUCGCAUUUAAAAGCUAUAAUGAGUGCAUCUGUCGAGAUGGAUUUUAGUAAGAGGCUAGAUAAUGAUUGCGUUGAUGUGUAUGUUGAAAAGUUAAUGCGAAUCCCGUUGAAUGCGCCGAGUUUAAGUGAGAGCGGAAAUUUCGUGGUGGAUUCCAAUAUUCCAUAUCAAGAUGCUGUUAGAAGUGGGAGACGCGACGAUUUAAGUGAUGUGGAGUUUAGCGCGUCGGUUGUUCGGCAACUAGGACGAAGGCAGCUUUCAGUGUCGUGUUCGUCUGCAGUGGAGACUGGUUUGGAAAAACUCUCGAAAAUUAUUGGACAAAGCAUGAAUGAUGAGGUGGAAUGUACCUCGAACACAGAACCAAGAAAACAUUCGGCGUGUCAAAUUGCAGAGGAACUGCCAGUUGAUUCAGUUAUCUGGAGUGGCUGGAGAUCGAAAAGCCUAUCAUAUAUGCUCGACAAGCGUACUAUAAGGCUACUAUCUGGUGCCAGUUUAAUUUUUUCUGCGCCUGAAGAUCAAUGGGCUCAAACGUUUAAAAGACUUGAUACCUCAGCUGAGAACGAUGAUACGUGUGAAAUAAUAGAGCUAUUGUUAUUAGGAUGUAUUGCAGAUGGAUGGAGUGCUCUAAUUGAACACUUGAUGUCAGUUUCAUACGAUUCCCCUACCGUCUCGAUGCUCUAUCAUCAAGUGUUCAACUUACAGCCAGGAAACUCUGUUAACCUUCCCCUAAAAGGUCUCGUAAAUCCUAAGGUACAUUUUGUUAUUGGAUGCCUUUUUUUCUGGAUGUAUUGGCGAAUAAGAAGUCUGUGGGCUGGAUUUUACUCACUUGCUGGGAAGACGUGCUUCAGUCUGCUGUUUUUAGUGGGACCCACUCUUUACGAGCACUAA